CGGAGCCCAUCACCGGCCCAGCCGACCCGCACGAAAGGCCCGAGUCCAGCCGGCCGGCCACAUCCAGCCCCAAUCCUCCCCCUCUGCCCGUCUCCGGCGACCGUGAUCUGCUCUGCUCUGCUCCGGUGGUCUCCGCCGCCACGGAACUUAAUACACAUCUGCCGCAGAACCCAUGAGCAGGGGCGCCGCGGCGACCGGCAGCCUGCGGACGGCCCUCUCGUACUGCGUCCAGCAGGUGCGCAGCUACGACUACCACAACUACCUCUGCCUGCUCCACCUGCCGCCUGCCAUGCGCAAGGCCGCGUUCACCUUCCGGGCCUUCAACGUCGAGACGGCCAAGGCCAUGGACGUCGUGUCCGACCCCCGCAAGGGCCUCAUGCGCCUCCUCUGGUGGAAGGAUGUGGUCGACAAGGUCUGCGCCGGCAAGAAGGUCGAGCACCCCGUCGCGCUCGCGCUCUCCUCGGUGCUCUCCGAGCACAAGGUCAGCAAGCACUGGCUCAAGCGGUCGCUGGAUGCCAGGAUCAACGACGGGAACCGGGACGAGGACGCCAUCCCUGAGAACGUCCCGGAGCUGGAGAGGUACGCGGAGGACACCCAGUCGACCAUCCUGUACAUGACGCUGCAGGCCGGCGGGAUACAGUCCACUGUUGCUGACCAUGCCGCCUCGCACAUCGGCAAGGCGAGUGGGCUGCUGCUGCUGCUCAAGGCGCUGCCUCACCACGUGAGCAAGCAAGGGAAGAUACCGUACAUCCCGGCGAGUGUAGCCGAGGAGUGCGGGCUGCUUGCGCGGGAGGGUGGCCGGACAGAGGUCAGGAUGGGCGACGCGUUCCCGGAUGCAGUUUUCAAGGUUGCGUCUGUUGCCGAAGCUCACCUGCAGAAGGCGCGGGAGCUGGCCACGUCUGUGCCGGCAGAGGCGGUCCCCGUGCUCCUCCCAGCCGUGCCGGCCCAAGUCCUUCUGGAUUCCCUGCGACACCGCGAAUUCAAUGUCUUCGACUCGCGCUUGUCCAGUGGAGUCCAUGGCAUAUCCCCUCUGUGGUACCAGCUGAAGCUCAACUGGCACGCGUGGCGAAACAAGUACUGAAUUCAUCCAUGCCGUGUGAACCGUGUUUGUUGAAAGCGCGGGUCAGCAUGCGUUUUAGCCCAGACUAAACCUGGGGUAUCCAUUUACGGGAAUGUAAUAAGCUUGAUGAUGAAGAAAAGCUCUGCUACCUGCUCCAACUGGCUGUUUCUGAGCAAUUUUGAUGUAGCUUCCUUUUUCAUUGGAUACAUGCUUUGUUGAGGGUUGUUUGUUUCGUUUGUAUUCGAGUAUCGACAUGAGGUGGAUGAAUGUUAUCUGUUGAGCUUGUCCUUUCA